AUGAGAUAUCAGCAUCUUUUUGUCAGGAGAAUUGAAAGAAAGAUGCAUCACUUCAUUCCAAGAAACCCCCAAAUCUUAUUUGCAGAGAAUGUUAAAAGCAUGGAGAUGAAGGUAACUGCCAUGGAAAAGUUUAUCCGCAGAUUUAGUUUGGUGGAACUUGAAAUGGCCACCAAUGAUUUGGACAACAAAAACGUCAUUGGAUACGGAAACAUGGGCCUCAUGUACAAGGCGGAGUUUCCAAAUGGCUUGUUGGUUGCGGUCAAGAGGCUCCAUAGGUUUGAGAGCUUUGAGAAAGAGUUCUUGUCAGAAAUUGAAAUUUUAGGACGAUUGAGUCACACAAACUUGGUACAACUGCUAGAUUUUUGCUUUGAAAUGGGGAAGAAAUUUCUAGUAUACAAAUAUAUGAUUAAUGGAACCCUGCAUCAAUGGCUAUAUGGUAGGCCACACCAAGCAGUCAUGAAGAUAGGAUGGACUUUAAGGUUAAAUAUUGCGGUAGGGUUAGCAAAAGGGCUUGCAUGGCUGCAUCACAACAAUGUCCUCCGGGUAGCCCAUCUCAAACUCAACUCAAAAUGUAUCUUAUUAGAUGACAAGUUUGAUCCCAAGAUAUCAAAUUUUGGCAACGUGAUAAUCUUGAUGAAUACAAGUGGCACCCCUUUAAGUGCUUCCAGUUUUGUAGUUCCAUAUUGA